AUGGCAACAAAAACUCUCGAAUCCGCCUUCGAGCGCAUCUCCAUCAACAAUGAGAACGAGAACAUUGCCGGCCAUCACGCCAGCCACAAGGCCAAGGGCUCGCUGUCCACAGCAGUGAACCUCGCUGGACUGGGAGCCAAUAACAAUGGCAGCCGCGUCAAGCUUCCGCUGCAGAGGCUGCAGCAACCCAACGCCCCGAAGGCAUACAGCAGCAACACAAUUGCCAAGAUCACCCUCCCGUCGCAGACCGCACAGCGCGAGCGCACCGAUUCGCGGCCCUCGGACGAGCUCCACCACCGUAGCUCCGACUCGGCUCUCUACAAGCAGCCCUCGGCGCCGCGCCAGUUCAACCUGAACAUGUUCGAGAUUGGCAAGCCGCUGGGCAAGGGCAAGUUCGGUCGCGUCUACCUGGCCAAGGAGCGCCAGUCCGGAUUCGUGUGCGCGCUCAAGGUGCUGCACAAGUCGGAGCUGCAGCAGGGCAAGGUCGAAAAGCAGGUGCGCCGCGAGAUCGAGAUCCAGUCGAACCUGGCACACCCCAACAUCCUACGUCUCUUCGGUCACUUCCACGACUCGAAGCGCAUCUUCCUGAUCCUCGAGUUCGCGGGCAAGGGCGAGCUGUACAAGCACCUGCGCAAGGAGCAGCGUUUCCCCGAGUGGAAGGCCGCCCAGUACAUCGCCCAGAUGGCCGGCGCCCUCAAGUACCUGCACAAGAAGAACAUCAUGCACCGCGACAUCAAGCCCGAGAACAUUCUUGUCGGCAUCCACGGCGAGAUCAAGAUUUCCGACUUUGGCUGGAGCGUCCACGCCCCGAACAAGCGCCGCAACACCAUGUGCGGUACUCUUGACUACCUGCCCCCGGAGAUGAUCAAGCCCGGAAGCUCCGAGAACUACUACAAUGAGAAGGUCGACCUGUGGAGUUUGGGUGUUUUGACGUACGAGUUCUUGGUUGGAGAGGCGCCCUUUGAGGAUACGCCUGUCAUGACCCAGCGCAGGAUCGCGAGGGCCGAGAUGACCAUUCCCAGCUUCGUCAGCCCCGAGGCUAGGGACCUGAUCAAGAAGCUGCUCGUCCUGGACCCUGAGAAGCGUCUGCCUCUCGAGGAUGUUGAGAAGCAUCCCUGGAUCAUUAAGCACUGUGUGAAGGGCGAGAGGAGCUACAUUCGUACAUCCGGCUCGAGCAAGAGUCGCACGAGUGAGAAGUCCGAUGCAUGA